AUGGGAAGGGAGGAUGAGCAGGACGCCCUGGCACAGCUUGUGCAGCUCGUGCUGGACCGCACGGACGAGAGACCGGCUGUGCUGCAUCGUGCGGAGUUCCUAAGCCUCGCAGAGCUCGAAGAGUGUGUGGCGGCGCUCUCCGUGUACCUUGGGGACUUGGAAUCAUUCUCUGGAUUCCUGGGGAUUUGCGUUCACCGCAGCUUCGCUUUGGUGGUGUCCUUACUGGCUUGCCUUCUGAACAAGAAGGCCUUCAUUUGCCUGGACCCGGCAUUUCCAGCAAAGAGGCUAGGCUUCAUCCUGGACGACUCCGGGCCAGGGGCUUUGUUGCUGGAUGAGGCAACAGUCCACCAACAUCCCCACCUUCCCUGCUUUUGCCGUCACUUCCUCCUGCUGGACCGACGAGGGCAGGUGUGUCAGACUGGUACGCAGCCACAGAAACCAGGAGGUGAAGAAAUCCCAAGCGGAGUCGCAUAUGCGAUCUACACAAGUGGCAGCACAGGCCAGCCCAAGGGCGUGGUGGUCUCGCGGCCCAACUUGCACAACUUGCUCUCCUUCUUCUUGGAGCUUCUUGGCCCCCGACUCGAAGGCUUCGUUUGGGUGGCCGUGACGACUUUCUGCUUUGAUAUCGCCCUUCUUGAGCUGCUCCUUCCCCUGAUGUGCAGCUGCAUGUUGGAUGUCGUGGGAGCGGAGAUCUCCAAACAGGGGCCCGAGCUGAAAGCUCGUCUUGCCAAGUAUCCCAGGUUGGCUUUCCAGGCCACGCCCAGCAGCUACAACCUCCUCAGGUCAUGUGGCUGGGCUCCUCCUGCAGGAGCUGUGCUGCUCUGCGGAGGCGAGCCCUUCCCUGCGUGGCUCAGCGAGUACGGCAGCGACGUCUACCUCCACAACGUGUAUGGUCCCACAGAAACGACAAUUUGGUCGACGGCGGAGCAUGUCGACGCGCCGGCCACUGGUGCUUCGGUUUCUAUCGGGCCUCCCAUCCGUGAUACGACCCUGCGGCUGUGCAGCGAGCGAGCUGAGCGAGUCGAGAAGUUUGAGUCCGGAGAAAUCAUCAUAGGAGGCGCUGGCGUGAGCCUGGGGUACUGGAAAAGGGAGCUCUUGACCCUCGAGCGCUUUACACCGUCUCUCAGCGGCGGCAAGGAGUUCCGCACAGGAGACUUGGGACGCAGGGAUGACAGUGGAAAGACCUACUGCCUGGGUAGGAUAGAUGAACAGGUCAAGGUCAAUGGCUUCCGCUUGGAGCUGUGCGAAGUAGAUGCUGCUUUGCGCGGCUUUCCCGAAGUCAAGUUCGGCGCCUGUGACGUGAGGCGGAACAGGCUCGACCAACCCGUCCUUGUGGCUUACGUGGUCUGGCGGGAAGGCGAAGGUAUGGACAGGCGAGGUCGACUUCAUGCCCAUCUUCGACAACAUCUUCCGGAGUAUAUGUGGCCGCAGAAGACACUCGCUAUGGACAAGCUGCCCUUGACUUUGAAUGGCAAGCUGGAGCGAAAGCGUUUGCCCGAUCCUUGGCAACUCCAGGGUGAGCUGGUGCAGGACAAAGAGGAACACGAGCCGGCGAAGCCAUCGGAAGUGUGUGCAACAAGUAUGCCUACUGCCGACGCUUUGCGAUUCCUCGUGUUGCAGGUCAUUGAGGAGCUGAUCGAGGGCACGCUCCCGUGUGUCAUGCACCAGACGACAGAGGAGAGUGACAGAGGCCACCCUGGAGCCGCGGCUGAGGGAAGCACGGGAAGCCUGCAACGACUUCCAGGUGACAACUCAGUCCGAGACCAAUCGACUUCGCCCGAUCAUGGAGUUGAUAGUGGACCGCCUCGACCGGGCGAGUAUCGCGCAUAUGCGAGGUCGUCAGGAGAGGAGUGGCGGCACCUGGGUCUGACUUCAUCCAUGGCUGCGGCCUUCGGCAUUGCACUGGGGAGGAGCCUAAGCCUGCAGUGGCCGCAGAGACGCUGGCCGGCGCUGGGUGCCGCGACCAUGUUCGAGUGCGGCACGGUCUCUCGCCUGGUGGCCAAGCUGCUCCAGGACGAGGCCGUGGCCGUGGAGGCGACCGAAGCGGCUCCGGCCUCUGUCGGACGCCAGGGCGGCGCUGCGCGGCACGUGGCCUCCCUCGGCAGCCUUUGCAUGACGGCCCAGGCGCAGGUCUCUAAAUCUUUGAGGCGAUGGCCGGGACCUUUUGACUGGGUUUUCUCUGCACCUGAGAUGGUCACCCACUGCCUCAAGGAUGACGGUUUUGCAGCCUUCCUUGAUCCGUCGUGCUAUGUUGCAACUGCGUGCAAGAAGGCAGGCCACAAUAUUUACUCGCCCAUGUUGCAUCGGGAUGUGAUCUUCAAUCACCACAACCCAAUGAUCCCUGCCGACUACGAGUUCCUCCAGUCUUGUGUGCUCUCCUUCCAGCAUUUGCUCAAGGGCUGGACGGCAACACCUGUCGACAUCUCGCAGGAGGACUUCGUGCUCUUUCUCCUUUUCAACCUGGAGCGGCGAGUGGAGUUGAAGGAUGCAGCAGUGCUGGAGCUCUUCGAAGAACUCCUAAGGCAGUCGCAGCUGCCCUUCCGGCUGCUCGUAGUGAAGGUUGUGACGAAAGCUGCGGAUGCACCUCAGGAAUCCCUCUUGAUGCAGCGCUCUGUGGAAGCGGCCGGGGCCGGACAGAAAUCCAAAGUGCAGGAGCUCUAUGUGCACGAGCUGCAAUGCCAAGGCAGCCAUGAUGGCUGGCGCUUCAGCGACGAUGCGGACUUCCACGCGCUCGACAGAAUCAUCCGCAGCCACUGUCCGGAAUUCAAGCUCUUUGCCGGUGCGCCGACGAUUGCUUUGCUUCCCUGCAGUUCCGAGGGCUGCCAGUACCUCUGCACCUGGCUUGCAGGCCACUGCUGCCACCGCUGCUCUAGCAAAGCUGGCUGGCACGGCCCUCGUUGCGACCGUCACGGCUUAGACCAGGACCAGGAGGGGUCGGUCGAGCCUGUAACAGGCUACAAACCUUCCGGGCAGCUCCGAGAGGGCCACCCGGGCAGCAUUUCAAGGGCGGAGCGAUUUCGCAGCUCCCUUAGUCAGGCCCAAACACAGGGCCAGGGCGGACAGCGCCCGUCACUGUCGUUGCAGACUUCGGCCCUCCGCCGGCUACAGCGCUGCCUCAGAGCCACCGAAGCCGAGACUGACGAGACUCGUCUCUGCGAGAGCUGCGAGAGCUUCGAGGCUUUGGGGCAUCCGAUCCAUGAGGGGCCAAGCUGGAAGCUAUGGUGUCCUUUGGAAGCUAACCUUUGCACUUCUUUGAAGCUCCUGAAAGAGCGAUUUUCAGAUGCCAGGGCGCUGCUGCUUGGCCCCACGAGGGCCUUCGAAGCCCUGCCCGACCUCACAGGUGCUGGCUUCCAGGAGGUGUGCCGCUUCAAGCAGAACACGGACCUCUUCGCAGUUACAGCCGGGGACAACGGGCCGGUAGAGAAGCUUCCAAGGACACCGGAGGAGUUCGUGGUGCUGGCCAGAGAUGCGAUACAGACAGUGCAAUCCUGA